GGUGUUUUCAUAAACUACAACAGUAACAUUUUCAUCUCGAACUGCUUGUCAUUAUUGUCAGAUUAACAGGGCGAUAGAUCCUUUUGCAAUGAGUGACGCAAAGUACAAGGAAUUAGAUGAAGACAAUGAGUCUGGAGCUUUGUUGACUCAGACCCGGACUCGAGAUCAUCGAUCCCUCCGCCAACCCACUCUGUCGAGGCUCUUGCUCUAUAUUUCUCUAGGAUUUAGUAUUUUCAUCAAUCUGCUUGGGCUGUUGUAUGCUAUCCGACACUCCAAUGAUAUCGUUAUUCCAAAUCCCCUUUUUUCACCAGCAAACAAGCUCAUAAAGUACAGAACCGUGACAUUUGAAAGCGGGUUCGCGAAGAAGACCCCUUAUAUGGGUCCGCCCACCGAGGCUUACGACAAAGCCUGGGAGGACCUGUACAAUUACGGUAUCAUCAAGAUUCCCCAAUCUGAGGCAGCCCAGCUAGUCAAUUACACCAUGCCACUAGCUUCCGAGCCAGGAAUGUAUAUGGUGGAGUUAGACGUGUUCCAUCAGCUUCACUGUCUGCAUCAUCUCCACAAAAAGGCCUGGGGCCACGAUAUGGGCGUUAAUAUGAGUGACCCGGAGGAUGUAGAGAACUUUUGGACACAUUUGGACCAUUGUUCUGAUUCGAUUCGUCAAAAUCUAAUGUGCUCCUCUGAUCUAUCAACUAUCCACUGGCUGUGGGUAGAAGAAGACCAGAUAUGGAAAGCAGAUGGCCGAGUGAUGCACACCUGUCGCGACUUUGAGGCGAUUCGGGGCUGGGCGUUCGAAAACAGGGCAGGUAUGAUAGAUCGUACUGUGUGGGUGCCGGAUCCGUUGAGGGGGGAGAUCUAGGAAGCAACUUCGAGUUUCCCAAGGAAACCCUUUCCAGUGGUCAUGCAAAAUGGUUGUGUGCAUUUGUUUGGCCACUUCGUGAUUUCGGGCCUGUCUAUUGUGGAGCUGCUGCACAAUGCACCCAGAUCAAGUAAGGAGUAUGUCAGUACGUAUCGCGUCCCACCCGUCCGAAAGGGCAACAUUCCAACUGGCAAAGCGGCACCCCCAAUUUCUC